AGCAACCUCCCAACGUAUAUAACACACUCGGUCACCAAGAGUCUGCCUAGCAGUGUGUUUAUCUGCCUUAAAACGCAGUAAUUUUGUCCCGCCAACAGGCAACAUAUCGCCUCAGUGCUUAGAAUUUUUUUCCAUGUGAACGAAGUGUACACGAACUUGUGCACAUACGGUCUUGUGCUGUAGCUGCCUCUGACCUAAUAACCAAAAUAAACAAUCUCGUGACUAGUUCCUCGUAAGUGGGGCGCAUCCCAUCCCACCAUCGUCGUCGCCUCUAAAUCAACAACAACGAAAAUGAUUGGACUACAUCCCCGGAAUUGUUCAUUAAUGUUAUCAAGAUGUGGUAAGGAUGUUUUACCGGUUUGUGGUUUUGCAUCUACAACGGACAGUAGCAUGCCAGUGGCAGGUGGUGGCAAGCAUCGGAAACCCCAGGAAAAAGGGAGUGAUCAUACUGGAAUGCUUAUUGACCCACAAGAAGUUAAGUGUGAUUGCGUUGGCCCACCUGAUCGACAGUCUAACUUAAGGAUGACCAAGUUUUACAUCCCACCAGAUGAGACUCCUCUUGAACGGCGGCAUCGAGAGGAACGUUUUAAAACACAGGAGUGGAACCACAGAUUUUGGGCAGAUCACAAUACAAAAUUUAAAAAGAUGAAGGAAGAGUUCAUUCGAGUCCGCUUAAAAGAAAAAUAUGGAGAGAACACGGAAGAUCAGAAAACCCUAUCGGCUGAUGAAAUGUCGGAAUUCUAUAAGAAAUUUCUCGAUGAUCAUCAUCUGGUUCAUGGGCAGUAUAACAGAGAAUGGUAUAAAAAAAAUGUGAAUAAUCUUCUUAUUGCUACUAGAGUUUGGUUUCAGCAGAGAGGAAACACAAGAAGAUAACAAUUGUGGGAUGAAACUCAAAUGUUAUUUAGAAAAUGUACAAAAUUAGUACCUUUUCAAUUCAAUAGACUAAUGGUUUUAUAGAUUGUUUUCCCAUCUAGGUUUUUGAAUGAAUUUAUCUUACUGACUUUUGCAUUAAUAAUGGAUUGAUAUGACUGUUUUUCUUUAUCUGCUACAGAUGCAAGUGACAGUUUUCAUUAAAAAGUAAAUUUGGUUAGGAUAUUAAUGUGUCCGAGUCUCCAGCUAUGUGCACACAAACUCUGUAAUAAGAUAAGUAUUCUCUCGUAGAUUCUGUACGCUUAUGCUGCUGUGAUUUAUUACAUUUCUUCAUGUCUCUUCUUGCUAUAUUUGAUGUACUGUAGUUUGUUUUCUGAUUUUAGAAUUAAUGGUAACCUUUUAAUAUUGAUGUACACCAUUGCCCAUUAAAAUAUUAAUAUUAUAUUAACAGUGACUAUGCUGUUAUCUUAUAUUAAGUGACUAUGCUGUUAUCUUAUAUCAAGUUCAUUACCUGCAAGUGUAACUAAAUUAGAUACAGGUUGCCUCUCUUUGCAUGGUUAAUUUGAUGAUUGAUUAAUAUAUAUAAUAUCUCUUG